CGGUAAGUAAACGCCUUGCAGUGUUCACGCAACAUAUUAUACUUACGAUCAGCUGAUGUUGGUCAUUCGUUGUAGGUUGGAUAUAAUACGAUUUAAUAAUGACUACAUUACGGACCACCACUACAACUGAAUUUCGAAAGCGAGUAUAUUUCGAUGGAUCGCCAUCACACGUUAACAAUGACAAAUGCUUAACGCCUUUGAUGAAAGCAUGUAUGUAUGGACGAUCCGAACAAGUCAAACUAAUCCUAGAAGAAAAACCAUUGUCAGUGGUAGAACGGGAUGGUGUUUUUAAGACAGCGUUGCACUACUGUGCUGAAAACGACGAGGACGAUGCAGACUGCGCCAAACUUCUUUUGGAAGCUGAUCCAUCUAUAGUCGAUAUACCCGACGACGAUGGUCAUACAGCUUUACAUUUGGCUGUAAUCGCAGGUAAUUUGCCGUUAGUUCGAUUCCUGCUCGUCACCGGCCAGGCAGACCCAAAUAAACGAGAUGCUGAAGGUCACUCCACUGUACAUUGGGCGACAGGUAGUGCAGAUGCUAUCAUAACUUUGGUGAACGGUGGAGCAAACGUCGAAUCGCAUGACAAAGACGGACUGACAGCUUUGCAUUGUGCGGCCAGUCGAGGACACGUGGAAUGCGUCGACGGACUUUUGACAUUGUGUGGAUGCGAAGUCGACGCUGUGGACAGCAACAGUUGCUCUCCUCUGUUCUACGCCGUGACCUUAGGCCACGCGGACGCAACUGAGAUGUUAUUGGAACAUGGAGCUAAUCCCGAUCGACAGGAUGGAAAAGGAAGAACGCCAGCGCAUUGCGGUGCAUUUAAAGGACAAUUGGAAACGGUUCGACUUUUAGCUGAACACGGUGCCAAUUUAUGGUUGCGAAACUCGAAAGGAGGUUAUCCAUUGCACGACGCUACGAGGUCGGGUCGUAAGGAGUUAGUCCUUUGGCUGAUAUCAAUGCGUCCCGAGUCUGUAGAUUAUUAUGAUGACGACGGUAAACGACCAUUGCAUAUCGCUGCUCUUAACAACAAUUUGGAAAUGAGUAAGAUUAUUUUAGAUAACGGAGCAUCAAUUAACCCAGUAAUGAAAAUCAAAGGGGAACGAAUGACACCACUUGAUGUAGCUCUACGAAAAAACAAUAAACAUUUAGCGAAGUUUUUAAAUCUUUUUGGUGGUAAACCAGCUAGCAAGUUAAAUAAAACUUUGUCUAAACAGCAAUCUACUGUACGUGUUAAGACUAAAAGAAUUGAAUCUCGAAGAAAUUCAUAUUCAUCUGAUUCAAUUAGCCGAAAAUAUCGUAAUGGAGGUGGUCGGAAAAAACAACUAAUUUCACGCAAAGCUGAGAGCCCGAAACCUAACAAAGCAUCGAAGGGACGCGUAGUUCAAGUACACAUAAGGGCAAACGUGUUGACGAAAACSGUUGGCAAGUCGCGAGACGAUAGAAAGUCGUGCGGAGGUGGAGGUAGUACGUUACCGAAAGCCCAUCGAAAAAAGUCGACGGGCGUUGGCAACGAGCCAAAGRAAUGUUUCAGCGAAAACGAUAUGUGUUGCGGCGGCGACGGUGACGGUGACAACGACUGCGACUACGAUUACGACGACGGCGACCACUAUGACGACGAUGACGAAGACGACGACGACGACGAGAAACCAAAAACAACUGCAGAAAACUUAGACGCUAACGUGGACGGUAUACGAUUAAUGGACGGUCAAGCAUCAGUGAAGGCAAAAGUUGAGAGUAACGUCGAUCACCCGYUGGUGUCGGUGACGGGACCCGAAGAGACAACGCAAGGUAACCACGACAAAAGAGACGUUGAUCCGACGAAGGCCUUUAUCGUGGAACAGGAAUUUGACGAGGUGGUGGCGAACGGCCCGUCGGUACAGAUGAAAAAUGAUGCGUCAACGUUGAAGGUGAAGAAAGGUAGUGAGGCGAUGGCGAAAGGUGGUGUGGCGACAGUGACGAAAAAAGGAAAUGUAUCUGAACGGUCGACGAGUCGUGAGGGAGGCAAAACUCCGACGACGGGCCAGUCCAAGAGCGGUAGAGCAAUAGUCGAAGUAUUGGAUCGCGUGGACACGCCACAACCAUCGGCCACGGCCGACGGCGAUGUCGGGGUGGGAGUCGCCGUCGGUGGUCGAAACUUCGUUGGCGAACCGWCCGCCUUCAGUGUGUUGCCCGACGCAGGACGUGAAGACGACAGACCUUGUGAGUGUCCCGACUGUUGCAAGCGAAAACCACCGCGAUCGACUUCGAAAAAAAUGAAAAGCCGAAUCCCUCGAUUGAAUAAUUAUUGUAGUUUAGCGCCUACUUCUGAUCUAAACACCAUGUCUGUAACGAAAGCUGUUCAAUUGAGCAGCAGAAAGUAUAAUUUGGAACGCUUAAUUUUUUAUCAACUGUCAGAAUUAAAACGAUUACAAAUCAGAGCGGGUAAGUCUGACGAACGAGUAUUGGUUAAACGACUGGUUGAAGAGUAUGGUAAUACAGGACUGUUUACUGGAUUGAAAAGAUACGACGGACCCUUUUCGUUUAAGCGUUUUGAAAAAUAUUUAUACGAUCAACUACUGGUAUUGCAAAAACAAUCGUUGACUGACGACAAAAUCAAGGUACCCAGGGUGCAGUCAAUCGACGAAGUGGAAAAACUGGCCGGAGCUUUGCGCCGGAUCGACGCCGGAAAAACAGUGCUGGAGAAUCCAAACGAUUGUCUGUCGUGCGUCCGGACCACGAACAGGUGUUUUCACGCCACUCACGCAUACACCGGUGUGCCUUGUGCCGCAUACAUACCAAAGUUCCGGUUGGACCACCAUCGGAUGCCGAAACCGCCGGCGGACGACGGCCGCCGUCACCGCUUCCUGCCUGACAUUCGGACGGGCCAGGAUAUAUCCGGCGGAACCACCACCCGGUGCCUGCGAAACGUGGACCCGUCCAGGCCGAUCACACUACAGCUGGGCAACGGCCCUUGCGCGCAGGCCAUCGACUUACCUACCGACAAGUUGGACAAGAACAGGCGAUAUUUCGUGACGUUUACAAUCAAAGGAACUGGGGAUGGCGUGCACAACAAACUGCACCGUCCACCGGCCCCACCCGCGUUCCGGCCGGAUGGUCGUCCCGGACAAGCCGUUGACUGCAAUCCGCCGCUUGCCCACACUCACGCUAAAAGCUUUUAGCGUAUUAUUUUAUUUUAUUUUUUAUCAAACUACCACCGCAUAGAUGGACUACAGAUCGAACGGCGGCGCUCGUUGGAUUUAGUAUUAAAUAUACGCCCAGACGUCCACCGUUGUACGAAUAUAAAACAAUAUUAUUAUAGCAGGUACAAUAUGAACUGCACUGUUGUCGCUGAAAAGUGAUUUGAAUUCGGUUGAUCGGCUGCAGUGGCGGUUUUGAUAAAACAUCAAGGGGGGGGGCUAUUUUCAAUUUUUGUGCCCCCCACCCACCAUAAUAGUUGCAUAUAUAACUUACAGAACAUAAAAGUUGACACAAAAAAAAUCCAAGGGGGGGGGGGGCGAGCGCCCCCUUCGCCUCCCCUAAAAACCGCCACUGAUCGGCUGUAGCUGUAUUAUCAUACUUAUAAAAUAUUUAUCGAAUCGUUCGAGCCACCACCAUUUAUAAUAGACGCUCUAUUGAUUGAUUUAUAGCUAAGAUGUUAGAUUUUGAGGCUAGUCGAUCGUUUCAGACGGCUCGUAGCCAACAUUUUGCGCGAGGACGUCGUCAUAUCCCGAUAUCCGCACUUUCUGCAUUACAAGCGUUGCAUAUUAUUAUCGACGACGUUUAGCGAAUUUGCAUUCAGCAGAUCAUUCUCUGUGACUUCUUCUAGUUAAUUUCUAUCAAUAUUUUUAUUUCUCUAAGCGAGUUAAGAGAAUUUUUAAUUACAUUUUUUUUCAUAAAA